AUGUCGGCGACUCAAAUGGCUCGCUCUAUCCCGCAUCAGUCUCUCGUGAAUGCUGGAGAUGUGUCGUCAGAUUCUAACUACCAAGACUUGGAAACGUCAAGUAAAGCUACAAACUGCAGUCUGCCGGCGAGCAACGUCGCAGAGGAUGGUCCACAUCCAAACGAUUCAGCGGACAGAAUGACGGGCUCGAUGUAUGAUUCCGAGAUGGCUCCCGUAUUAGAAUUGGCUACGAAUGACGUGGGCCUCAAGUACGACGAUCAAACGGGUAGGUGUACUGAUAACAAGGACCUUUCCUAG